AUAUAAAUGAAGAAUGUGAAGUUGAAUUAGAUGAACCUUUACCUUGUAUUAGUUUAUUUGGUGAUUUAUAUACAGAAUAUGCUACUAGUACUCUGACCUAUUUUGAUGGUGAAAAAAGACCUGAAGUAGUUAGAAAAGAACUUUUUCCUGAGAAGUUUUUAUAA